AUGAGUGAAAAGAAGGUAUUUGUGUUUGGAUCCUUUACAGAACAUGAAACAAGGUCAUUACUUGAGAAAAAACCCACUAAGGCUCCUCAGAAUAAUAAAGACAAGUCUGUGGGAGGUAUACAAUUCGGCUCGUUGAAUCUUGCUGCCAAAAAUUCUUCGGUAGAUACUAAUGGCAAGUUGAAUAAGGGUCAGGCUGAUGGGACUGUUAAAUCUCAACCCUCCAGCUCUCAUAAAGAAGAUAAAAGUUUUCAAUCCGCUGGGUCGCAAAAGAAAGUUGAUGCUUCUAGACCUUCCAGCUCGGAUAAGGUCAAUGAUAGUGAUGCAAAACUCCCUAGAAAAAACUCUUCAGGGAUUCCGGAGCAUGUGGAAAUAAAUGGAAUUAUAAAGGAGGUCUCCGAAAGAAAAUCUCUCAACAAUGGUGUGGCAGUGAAAACAGAUACUAUUGGUUUGGAUGAGUCUGGUGUCUCGGAUGGUGAAAGUGAGUCUUUGUAUAAAGCUUCAAGCUCAAAAUUCCAAGCUCUGGACAGUGGAAUUUUGUCAAAUGACUCUUCAUCUGGUAGCAUACCAAGAAAGAAUAACCAGAUGGUUCCUAUGGAAUCUGUUCCACCCAUUAAAGACUUUACACCGAGAGGAUUAAUAAACGCCGGAAACCUGUGCUUCCUCAAUGCAACCUUGCAAGCGUUGCUUUCUUGUUCUCCUUUUGUGCAACUCCUCCAGGGAAUACAGCUAAAAGAUGUUCAUAAGGCUGAAUCUCCAACUUUAGCUGCAUUUUCCGAGUUCAUCUCUGAAUUAGAUGUGCCGAUGACCUCAAGCUUCAGAAAUAAUGUUGCUGUUGUUGAGGCUGGUAGACCUUUUACACCUUCCAUGUUCGAGGGGGUACUUAGAAAUUUUACCCCUGAUGUACUCAACAACAUGUCUGGCAGGCCUAGGCAGGAAGAUGCUCAAGAGUUUUUGAGUUUUAUAAUGGACCAAAUGCAUGAUGAGCUAUUGAAACUCAGGGAACAAUUCCCUAGAGUUAGUGCUUCUAAGUCAUCAGUUGUUUCUUCUGCCAACGAUGAUGAUGAAUGGGAAACAGUUGGACCCAAAAACAAAUCAGCUGUGACAAGGACACAAAGCUUUGUUCCUUCUGAGCUCAGUGACGUAUUCGGUGGGCAGCUAAAAAGCGUCGUGAAGGCAAUAGGGACCAAAGCUUCUGCUACUGUACAGCCUUAUCUCUUACUUCACCUUGAUAUUCAUCCAGAAGCCGUGAGGACAAUUGAAGAUGCGUUGCAUUUGUUCUCUGCCCCAGAAGAUCUUGAAGGGUAUCGAGCCACGGUCACUGGGAAGGCUGGUGUAGUGAGUGCUAGGAAGUCGAUAAAGAUACAGAAACUGUCGAAGAUAAUGAUACUGCACCUUAUGCGUUUUAGCUAUGGAAGCCAAGGGAGUACUAAGCUGCAUAAACCCGUUCACUUUCCUCUCGAACUCAACUUAGGUCGCUACCUUCUUGUAUCUUCAUCCAACGAGGGCUUAAAGUAUGAGCUUGUGGCCACGAUAACUCACCAUGGAAGGGAUCCGUCAAAGGGGCAUUACACCACAGAUGCUCGACGAAAGAACGGUCAGUGGCUAAGGUUUGAUGACGCCUCUGUGACCGCAAUAGGGACAAAACAAGUGUUGCACGACCAAGCAUACGUCCUCUUCUACAAGCAAGUGUAA